UAAUAUUAUAAAAUUGGGAAAUAAAUCUGCAGUUCGUCUCUCGCAGUCGUCUGUGGAAGUCGUUGUGGAAUUCCGAGGCGCCUAGGAUUUCUCUUCUCGGCGGUGUUCUCUGAAUCGCUGUCGUGCGCCGUCUCAAAAUCCAGCUAGAGGAGCGGAAAUGGCGUUCAUGUCGUUCCUCGGAAGGCUGCUGUUCGUCUCCGUGUUUAUUCUCUCCGCGUACCAAGAGUUCAACGAAUUCGGUGAUGAUGGUGGGCCUGCGGCAAAGCAUUUAAAGCCAAAAUUCAACGCUUUCACAAAGAAUGUCGCGAUUCACACUGGAUUCGAGCUGCCACGUGUUGAAAUGAAUCAUUUAAUACUUGGAGCCAUCGUCAUGAAGUCUCUUGGAAGCUUGCUUUUUGUCCUCGGGAGCUCUUUUGGAGCUUUUUUACUGCUCCUACAUCAAGCAAUUGCCGUGCUUAUCUUGUACGAUUUCUACAACUACGAUGCUGAUAAAAAGGAAUUCGCCCAACUCUUUCUCCAGUUCACACAGAACAUGGCCUUGUUCGGGGCGCUGCUUUUCUUCAUUGGCAUGAAGAACUCAAUGCCGAGGAGGUUGCCAAAAAAGAAGUCUCCUCCAAAAUCGAAAGCAAAUUAAGAGGACUGGAAACGGGUAAGUUAAUCUGCUAACAAUUUGAAUGUUCAUAUGUGACAUUUUCUGUGAGGUUGCUGUUGUGUUGUUGUCGGCAUUUGCUCUUUGGCUUUUCGAAUUUUCGAUUUUUUCGGUACCGAUGUCGAAUUAAUGGCAUUCGUUUUUGCUUUGUUCUCUUAAGUUAUAGUUUGGAUGUUGUGCAAAAUUUUGGGAUGGUAAUUUCUGGGAUGAUAAAUUAUUUAUUCGUGUUGGCAAUUGUACUAUUUUUGGGGUUAAAUUGAAUGGCUGUGAUUCAUGGUCGAGGAUCAUAUGCUGAAAUUUUAUUUUUCA